AGGUCGGGAGACUGUUUCCAGUAGGCUAACGACAGACAGACAGACAGGAAGUCAGUCGUUGUGUGUUACCGGUGGGCGGUGGCAAAAGCUUUGCGGAAGUGUGUGAAAUCGGAAUCGGAGUCAUAUGACUAGGCAAGCUCCCUGAGAAAUUGCUCCUUGGAUAUGGAUGAAAUUCCUCGUACAUGGUGACUAGUGUCCACAACGAACACGAUGGAGGAGAUUAAAGUGUCUCCUGACUACAACUGGUUCAGAAGCACGGUGCCGCUUAAGAAGAUUAUUGUUGAUGAUGAUGACAGUAAGGUGUGGUCGUUGUAUGAUGCCGGUCCAAAGAGCAUCAGGUGUCCAAUCAUCUUCCUCCCCCCAGUCAGUGGGACAGCUGAGGUGUUCUUCCAGCAGGUGCUGGCUCUGACAGGCUGGGGCUACAGAGUCAUCUCGCUGCAGUAUCCAGUGUACUGGGAUCUCAUGGAGUUCUGUGAUGGCUUCAGGAAACUUCUUGAUCACCUUCAGUUGGAUAAAGUCCAUCUGUUUGGGGCAUCUCUGGGUGGAUUCUUGGCUCAGAAGUUUGCAGAGUGCACACACAAGUCUCCUAGAGUGCACUCACUGAUACUGUGUAAUUCAUUCAGUGAUACUUCCAUCUUUAAUCAGACAUGGACAGCAAACAGUUUCUGGUUGAUGCCAGCUUUCAUGCUGAAGAAAAUUGUUCUGGGGAACUUUGCUAAAGGACCUGUGGACUCUAAAAUGGCAGAUGCAAUCGACUUCAUGGUUGACAGGUUGGAGAGUCUGAACCAAAGUGAAUUAGCAUCACGACUAACACUCAACUGUCAAAACUCUUACGUGGAGCCACACAAAAUAAAAGAUGUUGCUGUGACCAUUAUAGAUGUGUUUGAUCAGAGUGCUCUGUCACUGGAGGCAAAGGAGGAGAUGUAUAAAUUGUAUCCUAAUGCAAGACGAGCUCAUCUGAAAACAGGAGGAAACUUCCCCUACCUGUGCCGGAGUGCUGAAGUCAACCUCUACAUACAGAUUCACUUACGUCAGUUCCAUGGGACAAGAUAUGCUGCAAUCAGCCCUGCCAUGGUGAGUGCUGAGGAGCUAGAGGUGCAGAACAGCUACCUGAACAGUAACCAAGACUCUGAUGACAACCAGUGAGACAGUGUCACCUGUGGGCUGUCUCUGCUCAACAUUUCCAACAAUCUCUAUCACUUUUGUCUUGAUUGCCUUAUUUCACAAGGCGUUUUUCAGAUUUCCUAUGGCGUUCAACAAGCAAACAGCAGGUCAAGAGAGAAUAUUUUUAUUUGACAGAUGAAGCACUAUUUUGAUAAUGGCCUAUACAUAAAUAUUACACUUUGCUUUAAAAACAUCUCAUCCUCUAUAUCCAUCAUACACACACACACACAUAUAUAUAUAUAUAUAUAUAUAAAAAUUUUUUAUUAUUUUUUAUUAUUAUUAUUAUUAAUGCAGCCAGCAGUGAACUUAUUUGCUCUUCAGAAAGAUGAACACAUUGGUUAUGGAGAGAUAUGUAUCUGACACUGUUGUGUAAUUUAAUGUUACAUUUGUUAACUGUUUUGAAUUUCACAUUAUUUCUACUCAUGUUAGUGUUUGAAACAUCGCUCUGCUGGAACUUUACAUGUUGUGAGAAAUUUGUAAUUUUCAAACCUCAACAGUGCCAAAAGCCUCAAACUCUAAAACACCAGUCCUGGUUUUGCAACUAAAAAAUUCCUUUGGAUGUUUUGUGGUAUCAGGCUUCAGAAAAAGAUAUCCUGUCACUAGCUCUUAAAGAAGAAUGUUUCUGCAAUAUAAACCAACCAUCACAGGCUUUAUCCAUCUCUCCAAAUUCUCCUGUAGCUGAAAUUCAUUAUUAAAAUGAUUUGCUGUGCCUUAUA